GUUAUGUCGCUGGGUGUGACGUCACUCUAUGUCGCCGCUCGCCGGAGGUGCUGUACUGAAUACUGAGCUCUCUGCUUUUUUACAGUCCUGCACACACUCGGAAUAAAACAUGGCGGUGAAUACAGGAACCUCUUUGGUGUUGUCCAGCCUGCUGUCCGUGCUGGUCUUUGCUGGAAUGCAGAUGUUUAGCAAGCAGCUGGCCUCCUCUGAGUGGCUUACCAUCCUUGGAGGUUUCCUAGGCUCCAUGCUUUUCAUCUGCUCUCUCACUGCCUUUAACAAUCUGGAGAAUCUCUUCUUCGGUAAAGGUUUCCAGGCGAAGAUCUUCCCAGAGAUUUUUCUGUGCUUGUGUCUUUCCCUGUUUGCGUCUGGUUUGGUGCAUCGUGUGUGCGUCACCACAUGCUUGAUCUUCUCGCUCUUCGCUCUGUACUACAUCAACAAAGUAUCUGCAGCUCUUUACCAGGUGGCUGCUCCUGUAGCAGCUCCCACAAAACCCUCUGGCAAGGGCAAAAGGAAAAACUAAAUGACUGAAUCUGCCCCAUCAGCCCAAAAAUCAUUAUUCGCAGUAAUGUUUUGUUUAAAAUCUGGCCCUUUCUAUGAUUGCUACAUUCCAUUACACAAGCCAUCUAAAACCAAAUUCAGGAGAGACACAGAUUAUCACUAACACAAAAUACACACACUAUUCAUGUACAUGUACAUAUUUAUCUGUUGACACGAAUGCAGCAUUGGUUCCUGAUACAGCAUUGAUUCGGUUUCAUGUUUUACUAGUUGUAACUGUGCGAACUGGUUUCUCAAAAGUAUUUUUGUUAAAGAAUUUGCUAUUAAAACAACUAAAGUCUAAAAUAAA